AUGGUGCGCGCGGGCGUCGUGGGGACGCAGCUCCCCACGUCCAGCUUGGACAUCUUCGGGGACUUGAGAAAGAUGAACAAGCGCCAGUUGUAUUACCAGGUCUUGAACUUCGCCAUGAUCGUGUCUUCUGCACUCAUGAUCUGGAAGGGCUUGAUCGUCCUCACUGGCAGCGAGAGCCCCAUCGUGGUGGUGCUGAGUGGCAGCAUGGAGCCAGCCUUUCACAGGGGUGACCUUCUGUUCCUGACAAACUUCCGGGAAGACCCUAUUAGAGCUGGUGAAAUCGUGGUUUUUAAGGUCGAAGGACGAGACAUUCCAAUAGUUCACAGAGUAAUCAAAGUUCAUGAAAAAGAUAAUGGAGACAUCAAAUUUCUGACUAAAGGAGAUAAUAAUGAAGUUGAUGACAGAGGCUUAUACAAAGAAGGCCAGAACUGGCUGGAAAAGAAGGAUGUGGUGGGAAGAGCCAGAGGGUUCUUACCAUAUGUUGGUAUGGUCACCAUAAUAAUGAAUGACUAUCCAAAAUUUAAGUAUGCUCUUUUGGCUGUAAUGGGCGCAUAUGUGUUACUAAAACGUGAAUCCUAA